AUGCCGGCCCUUCUGUUUUCGCUGCAGCUUGGGGAGGCAGUUUGGGGUACGGGUCUCCUGGAAGAACCCGGGCCCGGGCAGCACGGGCAGCAGGAGGCUGAGGGGGAGGAGGAGGCCGAGGCCCAAGCAGGGACGCUGCAGAGCGUGAUGCUGAGGGCCCCGCACCCGGGAUUCGGCACGGAGGGCGCGGACGUGGCUCAUCUCACACCGCAACCUCGAGGAGAGAUCCGCGGAGCUCUGCAGCUCAGGGCGGAGUGGUCCGAGAAGGGCGCGAAGCUUCAGCUCCAUUCCGUCAAAUCUGUGACCAUCUCCGUAGCGCGACUAUAUGAACUGAAAGUUGCUGAAGGCGCCUCGGGAGAUGGGCAGAGUGGAUGGCUCCUGCAGAUUUGGGGAUCUCCUUCUGCAGCAGAGAUGACCCAGUGCAUUCCUUUCUGCCGCAUGGGAUUGCGAUGCGACAGCCCUGUGCCAUUUACCAGUAACCUCCUGUACAUAGAGCGCCCGGUGGAUCUCCACUGGCCUGAAACCUGGACAUCCAAAGGCAGCAGCAAAAUCUCGGAGAUUGGGCACGGCAGUUACAAGGGGACAAUCGCGGCGCGGUGCCGUCACGCGAUGUUCCAAGGCACCGCGCCUGAUAGCGUGACUGCUCGCAGCCUGAAGCAUUGGGCCGACCUGGAGAGUUGGUUCUUGUUCGGCCCAAUCUACUCUCGGUACGACGACGAGCUCUUGCCGAUCGAUGAAGCCACGGCACUGCAUCCAGACGGGGAAAUGGCCCUUGUCCCAGAGGCACUUCAGGAGCUGCGAGACGAUCCUGAUUACAUCGCCUGUCAUGCCAGCGUCGUUCGUUUCAUCCUGCUCUCUUGGGGCUGGGAUGCCGAGAGCGGAGAGCUUGUCAAGGACACCCAUGCAGGCCAAGGCUGGGCAGCUAGCGGUCAGCACGCCUGGCGUCUUCGACACCUCUGUUUGUCCUGCUGGCUCCUGGGGCAAGCCGAGCUUCGGCAGUCCUGCAACGACUUCGUGCUCAUGCUCGGGUCGAAAGCACCCUGGACCGAGGAUGGUAUGGGCGAAGCCAAAUUCACCUUGGCCCGGAAUGGAGAUGCUGCUGCGGAUGCGUUUUGGGAUGCUCGCCUUCCUCCCAGUUGCUCGAGCAGAGACGAGCGCACGUUGUGGGGCAUUUUGUGCGCUGCAGACCAUGUUGUGGACAGGCCUGUAACUACAUAG